UUCUUUACUCCAUUGCCAGGGUCAUAGUUGUUUUCUGAUUUUGUGCGCAGAUGUAUUGAAAUUUCUCUGCAGUCCUGUGUAUGAAGUGUCUCCUCCCCCAGUUUGGAGCUGUUGGUCUCAGGCUUUCGAUCCAGCGGAAGGGUAGGAAGCAGGGAUCCCUGAAACAGAAAAAGAGCAAGAAGGAGAAAAGAAACCUGGCAGGGGCUAACAGGUUAGAUGCAAAGAAACCAGCACAGUCUACAAACAGAGGAACAAUGGGAGGUGCCACAAAGAACAUAUUCACGAAAAUGUUGCGGGUAGCACAGCGUUAUCUGCAAGAUCCAGGCCAAGCAGUGGAAAGCUGUGAGAUAAUGCAGCCCCCUCUGAACAGAAGUCCGAUUGUUCGAGACCAUUCAAUGCGAAUUUCAGCUAAUUCCUUCAGCAGAGGCCAGAUAAGGGGAAAAAAAAAACUCCAGAGCAGCUACAAGGAGGUUAAACAGAGGGAUCGCUCCCAGGGUUUGGCAGCAUCUCGAUCCAGACGACACUCCAUUCAGUCACCAAUGGAUUUAAUGAGAGAAAUUACAGGGGAACGCUGCCAGGGUUCAGUACUAAAGAAGAGACACAAAGAGGGAGCUAAAAGGCAGAUGGUCAGGACAAACUCAAGCCAACAUAGCCAGGGUGGAAUCCUGCGGCCUCAUCAGGACGAGCCGUCGUUGUCUCCUUCGAAAGACCGUCAAGCCGAGGGGACGGGAUCACAGUCUCAGGUGGUAGCAGCUGUCUAUGAGUCUCACUUGGAACCUGCACAUUUCCAAGCCAGGUGCAUAGAAGACUAAACCAGAUGUCAACUUCAGAAUCAGGCUGCUUGGCUUCUGCGAUUCAGCACCAUUUCGCAUACUGCCACAACUAUGGCAAAGACAAUUAGCCUUUUAUUUUUAUUUAUUUUUUGCCUUACAAGCAACCCAGUCAACAGUGCAGCUUAUUUAAAACACCUGGCUUCUUUUCACUUCAUCACGAAGGCUCUGCAUUCUGCCCUUUGUGCCCACUGUCAUUUUAUGCUUUCAUUACAAUAUGCAACAUAACGUUAAACACUUGGUCUAAAACACAUCAGGCCUUCUUUUAUUAAUUAAUUAAAGCCUUACAAAACACUUUAAAACAAUACACAGAAAAUGUUUACAUUUACUAGACUACAGAAGAAAGAAUUAAGAGUAUUAUAACAAACAAAAGAACCUUCCUUUGAUAACAUUACCUUGAAAUUGACAUUUUAAUGCAAGUAAAUGUUAUUGAUUUACUUAAAUAAUGUUCUUCAUUUCCCAAACAUGACCUUAUGUAAUGUAAGCUCAGUCAUAACAACUAUUUAUUAAAGUUUAACAUCAUAAUACAGAGAAAGUGCACAAUUGUUUUGUUAUGGGUGUUUGGAACAAUGUUUUAUAUGUCAUAUUCAAGUUUAAUACAUAAAAAUCUACUUAAAAAAUAAAAAAUAAAAAAAUCCUUACGGUACUAAAAGCUACUGCCUGAUUUGAUGUUACCCAAAAUCUCAAUUUUUAUUUUUUAAAUGAAAACGGAGACAGACAACCCAGCACUGCAGCUCAAAUCGCUAAAGUUUUCUCAACAGCAAUUUGAGUUGGAGGUCACAGUGACCCUGCUCCAGAGAUCUCAUUAAUGCCAAAAAACU